UCGCGAUUUCUGAGUCUGCCGUUUUGCGCAGGCUCCGGUCGGCCAAGCGCUCAACUGGAGCCUGGUGUGCCGGCGAAGCUAAUAGGCCUUUGAUUGAUGACUCAUUUAUUUUAUAACCACUGAUAUGACUAGAUAUCUCAGUGCCUUGAAUACCUAUGGGGAAUUAUACAUUAUUAGACGUAUUAAGUUUCGCAGCCUGCUAAUUUCACAUUAUGUAACGAUACUGGCUGUAAUUCUUAUCGAUUAUUACGGAGGCCUUCGGGGAUAGGCCUUAAGCCUUGUAUGUGGACCCUUUGUUUGAAAGUAUUUGGCCAUAAAUGUGUUAUGUUUAUUUACACAAAAAAGCACGAUUGAGUGCGAUCAAUUAUUGCUCGUAUGUUAUGUUUACGCCUGCACUUUACUUGAUAAAAAUGAACUGAGAGUAGACCUUUAUAGUGUUACCAUUUGCUGAUGUUUCCGUUUCCUGGUUAGCUACCGCCUACUAAUUUGUGUUUUUAGCUUUGAUAGCUUGUCAGCUAACUAGCAAAUUUGACUUUUCGUGUCUAGUCAUUGGUGAUGGUCUAUAUUUCUACCCGAAGAGGGGUAGUAAUAGGUCAUGUGGGUUAGAAAAGAGGUGCAUAUUACACGUAGAUACGUAAAAAAAAUCAAAAUAAAGUUACUCAUCUGUCCAGCUAAUGCUGACAAGCUAAGCUAGUUCCCCAGACUCAAGUGGUAGUUGCGUUAGCUAACGUUAGUCACAGUUUGCUUGCCUGUCCUGUUCUCCGUAUUUACUUAAAGUUGUUAGCGUCAACGCAGGCUGGUGUAAAUGACAUUUAGCCAAGCAGUCCUUGUGUGUCCAGCAUUUACCUCGGUUGUCAAAACCGCAGCGCUCUCAAAAGCAACUUUCUAACCCCAGUAAAGUUAAAUGUAGCAGCUAAGCUCCCAGUGAAGCUGGGCAGCUAGCGCUCCAAUUAUCGUUACAGUGUUAUGAUAUACCUGUAGCAUCAUAUUUGUUUGCGUGUUUGUUAUGAAAAAAAGGCAGCGUACGUGCCGGACCGAGAAAGGCGACUUUUUAAAAAGAUUUUUAUUUGAGUCUUCAACUAGUGUUGUAGUAAUGUCUACGUCCCAGCUAGUGUAGCUAGUGUGUUCUAGCUCAUAACUUUUUACAUGCAGUAUACUAUUUAACCACCAUCAUGUGAUCUUCUGAUGUUGUCAAGGACAAGAGUCACGUGAUGUAUGAAGGCAAACACAUACACUUCUCAGAGGUGGACAAUAAGCCGUUGUGCUCGUACAGCCCAAAGCUGUGCAAGCAGCGCAGACUAAAUGGCUAUGCUUUCUGCAUACGGCACGUCCUGGAAGAUAAGACAGCCCCGUUCAAGCAAUGUGAAUAUGUGGCCAAGUACAACAGCCAGCGAUGUACCAACCCCAUCCCCAAGUCUGAGGACCGCAGAUACUGUAACAGCCACCUGCAGGUCCUGGGCUUCAUCCCUAAGAAGGAACGGAAAAAGAAACAUGAUGCUUUGGAGGAAAUGCGCUCACGGGCUCACCUGGAGUCCGUUGCCCUCAACAUAACUGUGCCCUCACUAGCUCUGAAAGCUUCCAAUGGUCUCGAUGAACUUCCGCCGUCUCCCCCAUGUACACGCCUGUUACCCCUCCCCGACGGGGAACUCCUGGACCCUUUUGCCUUUUACGAGGAUGACACAGACGGGGAGGAGGUGGGCACUCCUCGGAAGGGCAGCGCCAUCAAGAAGAAACUACAGAGUCGCCUUGUGCUCAACCAGAAACUCUGCCAUGACACGGACCUCUUCCAGCCACCGCCUGAGCACUUUAGCCCCUCCCCUGUCCCCCAUGUCCACCCCUCCUCGCCGCUCAACGCUCACCUCCCGAGGCAGCAGUCAGGUCUUCUUCCGCCGCCCCAGCACUCGAGCGUGACGUCUUUCAUAUUCCCCGGGCAGCAGCAGGGUUUAUUAUGCAAUCCACCACCACCUCAGACGGUCAACUUUCUGCCUCCAGGGAUGCCCGCUAAUGCAGCACCCAGUCCCGUGCAACCUUCUGGGCCAUCACUCAACAGGAAAACGCCUUUCACUGCUCCUCACUUGCCUGCCAGUUGCAAGGACGGCAGCGGUAACAAUCAGCGGCACGUGGUCGUCAUGCGUCCCGCUGCCUUCUCACCUUCUGCCACCUGCCUGGCCAGGUUGCAACAUCUGGUGCGGCUCUGUGCCAAGAGACACCGGGAGCACGGGGACCUGUUUCCACAUUUAGGACUGGACUGGUCAGAAGACAGUGCUGAAGAUGAUGAAGAUGAAGAGGAGGAGGCAGAGACAUUUAUUCCUUUCCAGAGCUCUUGGAGACCACAGAACGGGUUGGAAGAUGACGGCGGUUCCUCGCGGAGGUCGCGGCUACUGAGGCUUUGCUCGUACCUCCAGGAGAAAUACAAGCACAUGUGCAGGCAGGAGAGGGCGAGCAUCCGCCAAAAGAGAUAUCGCUACGCCUUCCGCAAAGCCUUGCUGCACGCUGCCAGUAACGACCCCGACUGCGCCGGGCAGCUGAUACAGGAGUUAAGCGGUGCCUCUCGAAGCUCUUCAAGUGUGGCUCCUGCAAGGCAGCAGAACACAAACACGGGGACCUGCACUGGAAGCACAAAGGGCCAGGCCUGCAACAACCGGGCUCUGCCCUUCACUCAACACUGCUUUCAGCACAUUCUGUUGAAUCGUUCCCAGCAGCUCUUUGCGAGUUGCACAGCCAAAUUUGCAGAUGGUCAGCAGUGCUCCAUCCCAGUGUUUGACAUCACGCACCAGACACCACUCUGUGAAGAGCAUGCCAAAAAAAUGGAUAACUUCCUUCGAGGGGAUGGUAACCGACGAGUGCAGCACCAGCAGCAGCAACAGCGAAAGCCACGUAAAAAGACCAAACCACCGGCGCUCACCAAAAAACACAAGAAGAAGAGGAGGAGAGGGCCGCGGAGGCCUCAGAAACCCAUCCCUCCGGCGUUGCCGCAGGGGAACCUGGGGAUGCCUUCGACGAGCCUAGCGAUGCCCUCACAGGCCAGCAUCAGCCCCUCAACUCCAGACCUGAGUGCGGAGGAGCUUCCUGACGACAUCACCAAUGAAAUGGCAGACAUUCCAAAUGACCUUGAGCUAAACCAGGAGGAUUUCUCCGACGUGUUACCCAGACUACCUGAUGACCUUCAGGACUUUGACUUGUUUGAAGGUAAGAACGGGGAUUUAUUGCCCACCACGGAGGAGGCUGAGGAGCUGGUGCGUGCCCUGCAGGCUAUGGGAUCCUACCCAGACUCGUUGGUGUGCCUGACCUCCAUGGGAGACCUGGCCCCCUCUGAAGCAGUGGACCACCGGGCCAUGACUGUGUUCCCCGGUCCAGUCCAGCCGGGGGGCAUGGGGGACCUGCUCAACAGUCGCAUCCCUACAGAGAACUUCACCAGCCUCGAGCUGGAGGACAAUCUACUGCAGUCCACUGGGGGCCACUUUCCCCCAUCGCCACCAUCUCAGCCCGCCAGCCAGCCCCCGACGUCGUGUUCCAACCUGAGCUCAUCUUCUUCUACAGCAGCACCCGCCACCACCUCCCUGCUCACACAGACCUCCAUAACGGAGCGAACGUUUUCCCGGACACACACAUCUCACGUCCUGGCCAAGUCGGACGCCCCCACGUCAUCUCCCCAAGGCAGCCACUACAGCAGUGAGCACGUGCCAUCCCCAUAUAGUGACCACAUAUCUUCUCCUCACACCAGCUCCUUCCAGACAGACCCCCCUCUGCUGCUGGAGGUCCCUCUCAGCGGGGUACCAGGAGCCCCGCGCUCCACAUGGAACAAUCUCCCUCUCCCCAUCACAGACCCCGCGCAGUUUGGCAAUCUCAUAGGGUCAGAAAGUCAUCUCAUAUCCACCUCCCUGUCCACUCCUCCGGCCACCACCCACUCUGUGACGCUGCAGCCCAUGGCGGCGCUCUCAGCGAUGCCUCAGAGUGGGUUGACGGGUUUAACAACACCCCCGGCCCCCUCGUCCGCCUCACACGAUCUCCUGACCUCCACACAGCCCAAGCAACAGCUCCCUCAGUUCAGCGCGGCCUUUGGCCAUCAAUUGGCCUCCCACAGCGGAAUCCCGAAAGAUGUGCAGCCCAGCCACAGCUCCACAGCGCCCCCCGCUGGCUUUUCAAUUGUUAGUGCCACCGCUGCAAGUGCCAACAGCGCCACACCACCCUUCGCGCAGAGUAAGUGAGAGCAGGCGGCCAGCAGCGGCUGCGUGACGGUCCGUGGACUCGCAGUCACUUAGAACCCAGUCGGCUGGCUAACGAUCGACCACCCCUCUUCAUCUGCUACAAGCGUGCAAUUUGGUAAUCGUGCACUAUUUGAUAAUGAAUUUGCACACCCUACCUUUCCUAGCGAUUUUUUUUUUCUACUUUCGUCGACGGUCCCCCGGGAUCCUAAGUCAGUGCGAGUCCACUCGUUCGAUGCCUUGUGGUUUCGUCAGCAGUGGCGCAACAGUCAGAUCUCGUGAUGAAAUAAACGGGUGAAAAUUGGCGGAAGGACCUUUAGCAGAGAUUAUGUGCAGUGCUCAGAACCCAUCGAUGUAGAAGCCUCAAUCAGUGGUCGCUUUGUUUGAUUUGCCAGUUCAAGUCCUGUCUCCAAAUGAUCAACUGUACCCUGCCUCGCUCAGAUGGCCAUCGCAUUAUUUUUCUAAUUUUCCUCACCUGUUUCAUACACUGCUUGUGUCACCCUUCUGAAAAAUAAGAGUACAGGUUGUGAUAUUUGUGACCCAUUAUAUUUCAAGCUAUUUAACUGUUAUGAUAUAGAAUCUUACAGAUUUCACAGUCAUAUGAAUUUACCAAAAUACUUUUAAAACAGCUGUUUUUAUAUUGUGUAUACUGUAUAUGUGCUCAUUUAUUGGUUUGCUCAGACGUCAAAAUCUCUGACCUCACCAUUGGUUGUGGGACUCUGAGUGGCCUAGUAGACACUUGAAGGUAAAUAUAGUUUCUUAAAGCAAUAAACACAUUAACAUAACUCUAGCAUCGUAAGGUAUUUUAUUGGUCUCAUCACACGUAGCUUCACUCGACAGGAAUAUACUUUUGGCCUCUAUAGGUGUGUAAACUUUUCUUAUUUUACAGCACUCAGAGCUAGAGCCUAUAGAGACCAAGCGAUCAGGUCAGCCUAACCUAUUCUCUCGGGUCACACUGAGUGGAAUUUUCUAAAGGCGCAUAAAAGAGUUUCAGUGUUAAUGGUUGGGGCGAUGGCGGCGUAAUCCAGGGACUUUAAGUGUCUACUCUCAAAGGUGCUCUCUGCUCCACAUAGACAAUGGUCUUUGAUGGCAUACAUGACUUAAAAAAAAGUUCAGUUUCAGGACUCCCAAGAAAACGUACUAUAAUGCGUCAGGGCCAGGCUCGCCCCGAGAAGGCGCAAGGCCGUGAAUUAAAUGGUAUAAAUUAUGAAUUUUAGAAGAAGAGCUCCACCUCCUGUCUGCUAACAUACAGCAGUACAACCAUGGCUUUCGAUAGAUAUUAUAUUAGACAGAUCUGUCAGACAUUGUUGAGUAUUAGGUAUAUAGAGUAGCAGUCUCUAUCUUGGGGUUUGUUGGUGAAUUAUUGAGUAGCAAUGGAUUGAAAUUGUUAUUUGCAAUGUAUUCAGUGGAACCUGUGUCUUGUAGAAAGAGUCUCUUUGUUUUUUAAUGGCUAUCAAAAUGGUCGUGAGUUCUCUUUGAAAAUCGGAGGGAUCAAUGUUUGUAUGCUGUGUACGCUGUCAUUAUGUUUUUAACAAAUAUCCUGAUGGAGAAUACUUUUGAUAGCUAUUAAACUCCAGGAAGAGAUUGCAUGGGGCAGCAACCUUUUUGUGUGAGAGUAUUAUAAUAUCGAUAUUAGAUUAUGGUCACUGGCUUGAUUCUUGGCAGUAUGAAACCGGAAUAUAUGCAUUGGCAUUUCAUUUGGUGGAGAAAAACAAAGUUGUUUUUUUUUUUUUUCUUUUUUAACAUGGAUUUGCACAGGAGUGGAUGAGGCCCGUUGUGUUUCACGUGUCCCGUAUCUGUCUUGCCUUUCUUUUUUCUUGCUCGGACGCUCAUUAAAUGAACAGCUGUCAUCAUUACCAGCUCUGAGUCUGAACCAGACCCCGACAUUUCCAGCUGUGAGAAGGCCCAGUUCUGUCUCUAUCCCUUCCAAAGAGAAUAAGAGUGUAAAAAAAAACAAAACAAAAAAAAAACCUGUAGCGCCACCAGAGACGACUGGGCUUCUCGUUGACUGCAGCGUCAUCACGAAAAGUCAUAAACAAAAAUGUCCCGAAAAGUUUUUGAAAAAAGACAACAAAAAAAAAAUCAGGUCGGUUGAAGAAAAUGCUUGCAAGGCAUUACUGCUGUAUCCCCCCAUAGCAUGAGAUUAGCCACUGCACCAGUUUGCUCUCCCCAAAAAACCACAUAGAACAAAAUGAACAGGGCUCGUAGGCACAUUUAACUGCUUGAAUUCAGAAAUGGCUGACAAAUUCCUAUACUCAUUGAAUGUACUGUAUUACUGUUUUUAAAGAUAGGAUGAGCUAAUCUAGUCACCUUUUGUUAUUGGUCCUUGUUUAAUUUGUCUAAGGUAUUUUUUGUAUACAAAGGUUUACAUUUUUAUGUAUAUUUUUCUUGUGUACAAAUUAUGUAAUAUGUGUACAAACACUGUAUGUAAUAUCUGUAUAUAGUGUGAGAAAUUUGAUCUUUGUUUUUGGAUGUAUAAAUAAAACUUGCUGUGAGGUA